GUCAAAAGAAGUAUUUUGUUUUAUAUUAUUUAAUGAAAGAGCAUUGAGAAACACUGCAGUAAUAGAUCAGUGGUACCCAAUUUAUAAUUCAUCAAAUGAUUAGGAAUAAACAAUUGAAAAAGAACGGAACGAAAUGGAUCAAAUAAAGAUUCCAAAGGUAGAAAACGUCAGAAUUUUAGAUAAAUAUAGUAACAAUCAUUCUAUUGGUACUCUUUACUUAACAGUAACACAUCUUAUAUUUACAGAACGAAAUGGGAAGAAAAAAAUUUGGAUAUUAUAUACUCAUAUUGCAAAUAUAGAAAAGCAACCAUUAACUACAACAGGUUGUCCAUUAUGCAUUAAAUGCAAACAUUUUUAUAUUGUAACAUUUAUCAUUCCAAAAGAACGAGAUUGCCAUGAUAUAUAUCUUACCUUAUCAAAAUUAUCUUGUCCAGUAAGUAUAGAAGAUCUUUAUUGUUUUCAUUAUCAGGCAAAUAAGGAUACCUUACCACAGCAUGCAGGAUGGAAUUUUUUUAAUGUACAAAGUGAAUUUCAAAGACAAGGUGUUCCAAAUGAAGAAUGGUCUCUAACAUAUUUAAACACAAAUUAUGAGCUCUGCGAUACUUAUCCAAAAUAUUUAUAUGUACCUAGCACAUGUGCCAAUAGCAUCUUAAUAGGUAGUGCAAAGUUUAGAAGUAGAGGAAGAUUACCAGUUUUAACAUAUUUACAUUCCAAUAAGGCUGCUAUUUGUCGAUGUAGCCAACCUUUAUCAGGAUUCAGUGCACGAUGUCCUGAGGAUGAACAAAUAAUGUACAAUAUUUUACGUACAAAUAAUAGUUCUAAAUAUAUGUAUGUUGUAGAUACACGACCACGAAUCAAUGCCUUUGCUAAUAGAGCUACAGGAAAAGGAUAUGAAAAUGAGAACUUUUAUGAUAAUAUAAAAUUUCACUUUUUUGGUAUUGAAAAUAUUCAUGUAAUGAGAACAAGCUUAAAUAAAUUAAUAGAUUUACAAAGAAUGACAUCAAUGACUACAUUUUUAAAUAAUUUGGAAAGCAGUGGAUGGUUAAAACAUAUACGAUCUAUUUUAGAAACUGCUUGGUUUAUUGCUAGAGCAGUUUCGAAUGGAGUUAGCGUGGUAGUACAUUGUAGUGAUGGUUGGGAUCGCACUGCUCAAGUAUGUUCAUUAAGUGCUUUAUUAUUGGAUCCAUAUUAUAGGACAAUUCAAGGUUUCCAAGCUUUGAUAGAAAAAGAUUGGUUAGCUUUUGGACAUAAAUUUAGUGAUCGUUGUGGUCACAUUAAUUGUGAUAACAAAGAAUUAGCACCAAUUUUUACACAGUUUAUUGAUGCAACUUAUCAAUUAUUGUUGCAAUAUCCUCAUAAAUUUCAAUUCAAUGAAUUUUUCUUAAUAACUCUCCAUGAUCAUGUACAUAGUUGUCAGCAUGGUACUUUUAUAGCAAAUUCAGAAAAAGAAAGACAAAUUUUAAGACUAUCCGAAAGAACAUAUUCUUUAUGGGGAUACAUAGCAAAUAAUAUGCAUGAAUAUAUAAAUCCUUUAUACAAAUGUAAUCGAUUCAAUGAAGAUACUAGUUCUGUUCUUCAACCUAAAUUAGCACCACAAUGUAUCACUUUAUGGCGAGGAUUAUACUUCAGAUUUGAAAAUGGUAUUCAUCCAAGAGAAACAUACGAAGAUUAUCUUUUAAUAAUGCAUGAUCAUACUAGUUGUUUAGAAGAUCAUGUUAAACUUCUUUUGAAGAGAGUCAAUUCCUUAAAUUCAGUAUUGAAUUUAAAUAACAUCCAAAAAAGGGGGAUACAAGGGAAAUUAAAAUUCGAUAAUAAAUAUAUGAAAGAUCCAUUAUCUGAAACUAUCAUAGAAAAUACAAAUCAUGAAGAAAGAUCAAUGUGUAAAUUAAAAAUUAAUCAAUUACAAAAUGAAUUAAAAACAGUUGCUUUAGACUGGAAAUUAUUUAGAAAUAUGGAAGAAUGUACAUGCUCUACAACAUUUGAUGCAUUUAACAAAAAGCAUCACUGUUGGUCAUGUGGGGAAGUAUUAUGUACAAGAUGCAUGGGUGCACAUAGUAUUCUUGCUGGACACCACUCGCAACGCGCAGUACCUACUUGUAAGUCAUGUAUGCAGAAUUCUAAUAUUCCUUCUACUAGUCCUUAAAUUGAUUCCUUUAAAUAUUUAUUUAAAUUUAUAAUCUGUACCUAAAAUGUAUAUUAUAUAUGACAAUUAAAUAAUGUAAUAUGAAAAUAGGAA